CCCGUUCUACCACAACAUUUCCUUCAACACUUCAACGCAACAAGUCUCGCGCCUCCAUCAGAAGGAUGUAGGCUUCGUGUUUGAAUUUUCUGCGUCCUGACCAUCCUGGUUCGGCAGCGUGCGGUGUAUCCCUUGUUUACAACGUUGUACGUACACUGCAUUGCAUCGCACAAUGCCGUCUUCAAUCGACCCUGCCAUCGUUCGCGCCUUGUCGAUAGACGACCAUUCUUCCAAGAUCUCGAGACAUGGCGGCUCGGGCUUUGCAUCGACAUUCCGCAUAACUACGCCUUCAACCACGGUGUUUGUCAAGACCUCAACCUCCGCUGGCGCAGCGACCAUGUUUGAAGGCGAGUAUGCCUCAUUGAACGCGAUCCACGAGGCGGUCCCGAGCUUGUGUCCCAAGGCCUUUGCGUGGGGAAAACUGGACAAUGGCGGGCACUUUCUAGCCACCGAGUUCCUGGAGCUGGGCGGCGGCGGCUCUAUGCUUUCGCGGACACGAGGAGCAAACUCGGCCACGGGCAGUGGGACAAGUCUGGCCGGCAAACUGGCCAAGCUGCACACAACGCCUGCCCCGACGCCGGACGGGUACGACACACCGCAAUUUGGUUUUCCAGUGACGACCUGCUGUGGCGACACGCCCCAGGACAACACAUACACGUCGUCGUGGGCCGACUUCUUCGCCAACCGACGGUUGCUUGCCAUCCUAGACCGUGGCGAGGCCAAUAACGGACCAGACUCCGAGCUACGGCGGACAGUGGAGCGGACCGUGCAAGAAGUCGUUCCUAGGCUUCUUGCAGACGGUCACCUCGGGGGCUCGGAAGGUAUUCGUCCUGUCGUGGUCCACGGCGACUUGUGGUCCGGGAAUAAGAGCAAAGGCAGCUUCGUGGGCCGGGGUGAUCAGACAGCUCCUGGAGGAGCGGGUGCGGCGGUAGAAGAUGUAGUCUUUGACCCGGCCGCAUGUUAUGCGCACCACGAGUACGAGUUUGGCAUCAUGAACAUGUUUGGCGGCUUCUCCUCUAGUUUCUGGAAGGAAUACCAUUCGCUGGUGCCCGAGACGGAGCCGCAAAGUGAGUAUGCCGACCGCGUUGCGCUGUACGAAAGUUAUCACCACCUCAAUCAUUAUGCCAUCUUUGGCGGUUCGUACAAGUCUGGCGCCAUGAGCAUCUUGAAAGGUUUGUUGAGGAAAUAUGGCCACAAGUGAUCGGGCUGCGAUCCAACACUACCGCCGUUGCUGCGACCCUCGCUUAAUGCACACUGUGUAGACCAAACUCGCGGCUGUCUCAAGUGGGUUCAUCAAGUGUCGUUGCACAUAUGAUGAUCUUCUGGUGCUGAGUGGACGUGUCUGCUACGUAACUCUCUUGCUCCUAUUCAAAACACGAAAAAGAAAUGCUGCGUCUUGAGGGACUCUGGAGACCAAAACUCAAUAUUUCAAGGAAGCCAGGUUAUUUUGACAGGCAAUCGAAUUCCACACAAAGGCUGAGGAGGCCGCCACUAUCUCGCUUGCACUUUGAAACCAAUCGAUCAAUGAGUGAGGCCUGCGUCGGUAAUCUCCUUGACGUACUUCAGAUAAGUGUCGGUGGAGGCCUUGCGUAGCCGUUUGCCGUACUUGACGAAGAUGAGGAAGGUCAGCACCUGGGCCAGGCCGGCAAAAGCGGCGAGGAUGAAGGCAUCCUGGUAGCCCAUAUUCUCCACCCACGGAGUCAAGCCGUAGCCGAUGGCAAAGGACAUGGUGUUGCGGAUGAUGAUGACGGUAAUGAUGGUCUCGCCGGCGAGAUCGCGGUAGCUGUCGACACAGUAACUGAUGCUGAGUUGCAGACCGACGGUGUUGGUGUAGGCAAUAAUGGCCAUGGCGAAGACGAGGCCGAACCAGUGGACGUGAUGCGCCGCCCCGACGCCCCAUAGGAUGAGCCCGAACGGGAUGGCCAGCAGAGAGAUGGUGAAGAGCCACAGUCGAUUCUCGGGCUCCAUGAUGCCGCCGCGCUUCCGAGCGAACUGGAUGAUGAACCAGUCGCCGAACAUGCCCGUGUAGGCGGCGCCGAUGAACACGCCGAUCAGAGGACUGUAGCUCGGUCAGUACCAGGGCAGGAAGCACUGCCAGGAACCAAAAACUCACCUGACGUAGCUGAGACCGACCAUGGACGCGCGGAAGUUGUAGGGAGAUCCGGAGAGAAUCAAAGACGCUGUACCGUUCAACACGUUGAACCAGACCUAUGAUGUAUGCCCCAUGUCAGUACAGUACUUAGUCACUCAAGCCUGCCACCACUGUAACGCAGUUCACUUCAAAAUAUCCCCCAACAUUUUCUGCCUUGUACACACUUACCAGAUUGCUGCCGUAGGAAAACCCGGCAUAUGCCACCACGGGGAAAGUGAACAUGUACAUGAGCGGUCUGGUCAUCAUGCCGGCGAGUUCGUUCUUCUUGGAGAA